UGGCAGAGUAGCAGAGUUUUUCUGAAACUACAAAGCCCUAGAUUUUCGCCUUGCCCUUUUUCCGAACUCAACGCUGGAACGAUGAAUUCGCUAAUAAAGCUACUCUCUACCCAAAUCUCACAACACUGUUCUCGCUCAUCCUCACAGCCAAGAAAAUGCAUUUUCUCGAUACAAUCCCUAGCAGUCCUCCAACAAGCUUCAUUUAGUUCCUCCAGGAUUGCGAGAACUGGAACCACAAAACCCAAAGAAUCCUCACCUCCCACUGCAUCAUACGUGCUUAGUCCCGUAAAACUUACAAGAGAAUCAGGUCCCGCUUCUUCUUGGCGCAGGCCCAGUGAGAUUCCGUUCCAAGGUAAGGCCGCAAAUUCUGUAAAAGUGAUUGGAUUUGUGCAACGCCCAGUUCAGUUCCAGACUUUACCUGAUGGAAAUUGUGUGGCCGCCACUGUUAUUGUGCAAGAUAACCGUGAAAUUACUGAUUCCGCUUCUUAUGUGCCUUCCUUCUUGAUUCCUGUUGUGUUUGAGGGUGAUUUGGCUCAAGUUGUGGGCUUCCAUGUGAAGGAAAGUGAUUGUGUCCAUGUGUCUGGGCAAUUGAGUGGGGAUAACUUGCCUUUUCAAAUAGAUGGAUAUGGUGGGAAUUUCCAUAUUGUGGCUCAAGAUGUCUACUUUGUAGAGGGUGUGAAAGGGAAGGCUGCUAGCAAGAAAAAUGGGGCAAAAAUUGAUUCUGAGGAUUUGGAAAACCUAGCUGAUGCCUCUGAGUCUGAGGUGAAGAAGAUGAAAAAUGGGGAAUCUAUAGUUUCAGAUGAUAGCUUGGUUGGUGUGGACAAUGGUGAUCAGAAUGGGUUGAAUAGCUCAAAUACAAGUAUGAAUCCAAGUGCUACUGGAAAUGAGGAUUGGUGGGAUUUGAUCAGGAAUCCAAAUGAUUGGUGGGAUUGUCGGGAACGAAAGUCCGAGGGAAAAUUGAAAGCUAAGCACCCAGAUUUUAAGCACAAGAACAAAGGUGUUGCACUAUGGCUGAACAAUGCUCCAAACUCUGUGCUAAAAGGACUUGAAGGAGUGGAGUUUAGAUCAAAACAACAGGUUAAAGGAGCGGAGUUUAGAUCAAAACAACAGGUUAAGAGCGAGAAGGAGGAGCAUUGGAAAAGUUUGGUGGAGAAUCCUGAUAAAUGGUGGGAUAACAGGCUGAACAAGAGAAAUGAAAAAUAUCCCGACUUUAAAAACAAAGAGUCAGGCGAAGCAUUGUGGUUAAAUGGUGCGCCCGAUUGGGCAAUUCCCAAGUUGCCUCCUUUGCGAGAUGGGAAAGUUGCUUCUGCUGCCACCUGACAGUUUUUAGACUUUAGCUAAUGAGCUUACCAGAUUUGUAUUUGGAGCAAGAAAGCAGUAAUUCAUUGUAAUUCUUUUUCCUUUGAAUUAAAAGCCAUGACUUUUUCAAGCAAAGCCUCCGGGUCCGGGCUCUCAUCUCAAUGGAACAAAAUCAGUAACCAAUUCAGUUCAUCAGCUACAAAAUGAUCAAUGAUAUGCUGCUAAUUAGCUAGGUAGCUUUCACCUUGCCUUCCACUUAUUUGAGUAUGUAACUUGCAAAUUUCCACUGCUGCAUUAUUUUGUAAUUUUUGUUGUUCCUUGGGGUUGUUUUUUGAACAAAGUUAGGUUGUUACAAAUAUUGAAGUUUUGUUUCCAGUCUUCAGCAGCGAAUUUUAUGGAGCUUAACAUAAA